AACUCUCUCUCUCUCUCUCUCGUCUUUGAUGCAGAUCACUGAAUCUUGGCACUGAGUGAAUUGGAAAAGUUACUUGUUGUCGUCGUGCUCGGAUGCGUGUACUUUGUGGGUCAGUCAUUGGCUAUUGAAAACUUGUAAACAAACAGGUUUGCUUUUGAUUUAGGAUUCAAAUUCAAACCAUUCUCUCUCGCCAAUUGCUAAGGAUAGACGCAUUCAUCUGAUAAUCUUGCUUUUUUUUAAUUGGAUCCAUUAAUGUGGUUGUUGUUUGGUAAUUACAAAUUAGAAACCAUGUCAACAAGAGAUGAAGCUUAGAAUCGAGAAAUGGGGUGUGUGAUUAGCCGCGAGGUGUCGUCGGAAAUAAUCUCUGAGGUGAAGGAGGAGAGAAAUUUGAGUUCCGAGUCUAAUAAUAGGAAGGUUGAUGGAGUCUCGGAGGAGAAGGUGGUGGUAGAGGUUCAGAAUGGUGGAAUUGGGAACCAGAAGGAGAAGGGUGGUGGUGAUGAUGGGGUCCAAGUUCAGCGGGCUCGCGGAGAAAGAAGAAGAUCAAAGGCGAAUCCAAGGCUAAGUAAUCUGCCAAAGCAUUUGAGUGGGGAGCAGGUUGCAGCUGGAUGGCCACCCUGGCUCACCGCAGUGUGUGGGGAAGCACUCAGUGGGUGGAUUCCGCGAAAGGCUGACACAUUCGAGAAAAUUGAUAAGAUUGGGCAAGGAACUUAUAGUAAUGUGUACAAAGCUAAAGACACUUUGACGGGUAAAAUUGUUGCUCUAAAGAAGGUUCGAUUUGACAAUUUGGAACCUGAGAGCGUAAAAUUCAUGGCUAGAGAGAUUCUUAUUUUGCGGAGGUUGGAUCAUCCCAAUGUUGUAAAGUUGCAAGGUUUAGUUACAUCAAGGAUGUCUUGUAGUUUGUAUUUGGUGUUUGAUUACAUGGAGCAUGAUUUAGCUGGACUUGCUGCGAGCCCUGGUAUCAGGUUUACAGAGCCUCAGGUAAAAUGUUACAUGCAUCAGCUGCUAUCAGGACUUGAGCACUGUCAUACCCGUAAUGUACUUCACCGUGAUAUUAAAGGAUCAAAUCUUCUCAUUGACAAUGAAGGAGUACUUAAGAUUGCUGACUUUGGAUUGGCAUCUUUGUUUGAUCCAAACCAUAGGCAUCCCAUGACUAGUCGUGUAGUAACCCUUUGGUAUCGGCCUCCUGAGUUGCUUCUUGGUGCCACAGAUUAUGGUGUAGGCGUAGACCUUUGGAGUGCCGGAUGUAUCUUAGGAGAGUUAUUGGCUGGGAAGCCAAUUAUGCCUGGUCGUACAGAGGUGGAGCAACUGCAUAAGAUAUACAAACUAUGCGGUUCACCUUCUGAUGAGUAUUGGAAGAAGUCAAAGUUGCCUAAUGCUACCUUGUUCAAACCUCGAGAGCCAUACAAGAGAUGCAUAAGAGAGGCAUUUAAAGAUUUCCCACUUUCUGCGCUACCCCUUAUUGAUAAUCUUCUUGCACUUGAUCCUGUAGAACGGAAGACUGCCUCAGAUGCUUUAAGAAGUGAGUUCUUUACCACAGAACCUUAUGCUUGUAAUCCUUCUAGUCUUCCAAAAUAUCCCCCAAGCAAGGAAAUGGAUGCUAAACGACGCGAUGAUGAAGUGAGAAGACUAAGAGCACCAGGCAAAACUCAGGUUGAUGGUCCAAAGAAGCAUCGUAUUCGUGAUCGUGCUGUGAAAGCUUUUCCUGCUCCUGAAGCCAAUGCCGAACUUCAAACCAAUAUUGAUAGAAGACGUCUAAUCACUCAUGCAAAUGCUAAGAGCAAGAGUGAAAAGUUCCCUCCACCACAUCAAGAUGGACAACUUGGCUUUCCUUUGGGAUCUUCACAUCAUAUUGAUCCAGAUACUGUUCCUACUGAUGUCUCUUUCUCUUCAACCUUAUAUACAUAUACAAAGGAACCAUUCCAAGCUUGGUCAGGUCCCAUUGGUAAUGCUGCCGACAUUGGAGUUCCAAAGCGGAAGAAACACACCGCUGGUGAUGCAUUGAAUUUAUCAAGACCACAUAAAGGUGCCUUCAAGGAUAAGGUUAAAGGAAAGAAAAUCAUAGCUUAGAUAUGUAGUACAUUCUUAUAUAGUAAAUUAAAUACGUCAUGCUGUUUGUCCGCUUCCUGAGUGAAGUAUAAUUGCUUCUCAGCAAGGGAUAAAAAUCCCCCCCUUCCCUCAAUCUUUACCCCUUCAAUUUCUUUCUCAAUCUUUUUUUCUUGGCUUUUAUUAAGAUAAGGAAUUUUUUUCUGUUCAAUCUGAUUGUUAUGGUGAGAGAAUUACUAUGAUGUACAUCGCGAUUUUUUUCUUUUUAAGG